AUGGCAUACAGUCAUAGAAAGUGUCAUUUGCUUACAUCGAAAUGUAUAUACCCUGUAGCAAUAUGGCAUACAGUCAUAGAAAUCACUGUGUCUGCCAACCCCAACAACCCCAGCACCAUCACCACCUGGUGGCAAGCCCUGGCCAUGAUAGACUGGUACAUGAAGGCUCCAGUACGGUACACCUGCAAGAAUAAAAAGCCCAUGGGAAACUGGUUGAUCUGUCAAGAUGAGCCGUACACAGUCAAAGCGCCAUGUCUGGUCUAUUCCUUUGGAAUCAACUGGGAGUUUGGGUUCGACGAUGCGAUGGUCAAGUUGGGGUGUGAGGUGCAUAUGUUUGAUCCCAGUAUGAAAGAGAAGGACCACAUGCGAGGCAACGCCACAUUCCACAACAUGGGGAUCGGCAGCUACAACACGGACUCCUUCGUACCCAGACAUGAUAUCUAUGUCAAGGACAGACAGACCUGGAAAGUCAGAACUGUGAAGACUAUCAUGAAGGAACUGGGUCAUCAGAACCGUGUGAUUGAUGUCUUCAAGAUGGACGUGGAGACAACAGAGUGGACAGUGAUUGACAACAUGCUGGAGACAGAUGUCUUCAAGUUCAUUCGGCAGUUUGAUGUAGAAUACCAUCUCUUUAAUGACUACCCUCUUCUCGAGGAGUAUGUUCACAUUUAUGAGGUGUUCACCAGACUGAGAGAAAGUGGCUUCAGGGAAUACCAUUCGUUCGAACACCAGCGCACAAUCAAAAGAGGCAGUUUCAAAUACCAGGCCGACGUGGCUUAUGUAAAUGCCUUUUUUGACAAGGACAGUCUUAGCGGGACAUAA